AAUGGACGGCCGUGGUUGGUCGUGUUUCGCAUGCAUGUUAGCAGUCCGACAAGCCUGCCGAGCAACAUGGGCGGGCAGCAUUCUUGCGGUACCUGCGGCUGCAAUGGGCUUGACAGGUGCUCAACCAGAGGAAGUGUUGCAGACGGGUGGAGCUUUCGGUCAGCUGGGUGGAUAUGUUAUGCACCACGAGGGCGGCUUGACCAAGAACGGCCGUGGCUCUGGUGCCAGUCAGCUGCAUCAAAGAGAGCAGGUAGAUAUCGUCGUGUUCCCCUCCGCAACGCUUCGAGUCGGCGGCAACACCAUCGCUACCCUGAGGCAACGACAAAAAGAAGAGCGUUUCGGACAUUUUGCUGUGCACAUCGACAUUGUCGCCCGCCUGCACACCUCAUCCUCUGGCCCCAGCGGGAAGGGACGAAACACGCGCGGCUUCCUCAGCGAGCCAGGCCCUGACCCACCCCCAACACGCAACCCGACCAAAGGCGCCGGCCGGCACACGCUCAUCUUACCACGCUACUGCGCCCUCGUCCUCAGGUUUCCUCACCACCUUUGCGCCGCAUCACGCCUUUUGCUUCUUUGUUGCGUCGCCCGCAGCCCGUCUUUGUUCCUAGUCACUCGUUAUACACCCUUCUGCUCGCCUUAUUCCUACGCGGAAAACGUCUUCCGGAUAGAAAAGCGAUGCGUUGCAUGUGAACAGGCACCGCUCUCGUGCGAGGGCAUCAAAUGUCCUGCCAACCAGGUCUGCGUACAAAACUCACGAACAUGCGACCAGUGCGCCUCCGUAGGCUGCCAGUUCGACCCCACUGCAGGCGAUGCUGCCCCUAGCAAACCAAACGUCGGCGCCAUAGCCGGAGGUGUCAUUGGAGGCGUCGCCUUCAUCGCCAUUCUCACAUUCGUCGUAUGGAAGUACUGUCUGAAGGGCAAGAGGAGGCCAAUGUCACAACAGAGUGAAUGGCAAGAUGUGGACAUGUCACAGCAGGAGAAGGUGGACAACGACUUCCAGUCACGGCGGAGCGCGCGCGCAUCUACACACACCGUUGCCUCGAUGGCCUCGUCCGUCCUUACCCGUGCCUCCAACAUCAUCCAAAUCGCCUACAUUCCCGGUGUCACGAACCGCUCAGGACCCGGAUCGCCCGACCUGCUCGUUCCGCCCGUUCCUCCGAUUCCUGCCAUGUCGCCUUCGUCUGGCAUGAGCACCCCGUACUCGACCGCCGACCAGCACUUCUUCGUUCCUGACUUCCGCGACUCGAUGAUGUCCUCCAGCACCGCCGGCCGCACAAGCAUCGCCCCAAGUCUCGCUCAACGAGGCAGCGUUGCAUCGACCAUGUACCGACAAAACGCCAUCGUAUCUCCACUCCCUGCUCAGACCAUCGUACGCGGAAAGGCAGCUGUCGUCAGCGUCAAGUCGACUGCGACCAAUAGUCCCGCAGAGACUCCAAGCAUGGAAACACCACCCGUACCUCAAAUCGAUCCCAAGCACACUGUAAAGCCCAUCCGAAUCCACAUGCCUGGUAUCAGCCCCGCAAACUCCGUCCGAAGUACCGCACAACUUGGCCCUGUCCGAGCACUGAACAUCACCAAGAAGAAGAGCACCGACAUCACACCACCCAAGAGCUCCUCGAACUCGACAAACAGCGCAGACCGAACCCUCGUCAACACUCCCGAAGUCCUCGUACCCUCUGCGCGACCACUCACCGGCUACUCAACAGCCUCAUCAGAUGACGGCGCUGCGCACUCGCGUGCACGCAGGGGAAGCUUAGCAUCCGACUCCGGCGACGACUCCGACGAUGAUCACAAGCGUGCGCGACAGACCCUUCUUCGCAGUAACUCGGGCAGUGACCGUAAUUCAGAAUACACUGAAUUCCAGGAUAGCACACCUACCAAGGACCGAAGUCCUUUCACAGACAGCUCGUCGCUCGAACCGCCACGACCGAUGAUGUCGCAGCGUAUCACCUCGUACGAUACUGAGCGAGGCUUGCGCACACCGAUGACGCCUAUUGUAGAGGAAGCGUCAGCAUCGAAACGCGGCAGCACCGUCUCAAAUAGGAGGGACCAGAGUCCUUUCUCUGAUAACAACAAGAGCGAGUUGUAAAUGAGGUUCUUUGUUCAAUCUGCAAAGACAUCUAGCCAUUGCGGCAAUCACAGUUUCCUUACAAUUCUCUUCUAUCGAAGAUCUGGGCAUUACGACUCCCGAGAUCUGGCAUCUCGGAUGCAUUACUCUAACUUUCGUUUUUUUCAUUCAUUGAUAUCCAAGCAUCUUUCUGUCAUGAUCUGGUUGGUCUUCAACUUAACGUCUAGCUUUGACGGACGUAGUGCGAUGACCACCGCACGGUUUUAUAUUCCUGUAUGUAUGUAUUUCGAGCGCUGAGCGAGCAAGCGAAGCGACGUGGAUGGAAAGGAUUGGGAUAAGCAGGAUGGGAGAUAGGCUGAAAUGAAGAUAUCGAUACCACCCCAUU